AUGAGCUCCAUGGUGUGGGGCUGGGUCACCGACUUCUUCACCUAUGAGACCACCAAGUCUGUGGUGGUCAAGAGCUGGUCUGUGGGCAUCAUCAACAGGAUCGUGCAAGUCCUCAUCAUCACGUACUUUGUGGGCUGGGUGUUCAUCCACGAGAAGGCCUACCAGGUGACGGACACCGGCAUCGAGUCGUCCGUCAUGACCAAAGUCAAGGGCUUCGGGGGCCACCACAACCGCGUCAUGGACGUGGCCGACUACGUCUUCCCACAGCAGGGCGCCGCUGUGUUCUGCAUCAUGACCAAACUCAUCAUCACCGAGAAUCAGUUCCAGGGAAACUGUGCAGAGACUGGGAAGAAGUAUAACUGUUCCGACGACGAAGACUGUCAACGAUUCAUAGGCUCCAUCCUUACUAAUGGAAGGAUCACGGGAGUUUGUCUUCCUAACGCGAGCAAGUCCGGCGGUCAGUGUGAGAUCGAGGGGUGGUGCCCGGCUGAGAACGACAGCGUGGACGAACAGCCCAUGCUGGACGUGGAGAACUUCACCAUCUUCAUCAAGAACAGCAUCCGCUUCCCUCUCUUCAACGUCAUCAGAGGAAACUUCCCGUCCAACAUGACGUCAGACGAGAUCAAGCGCUGUACGUACCACCCGGACACCAGCCCCUUCUGCCCCAUCUUUCGUGUGGGAGACGUGCUGAAGUACACCGGACAGGACGUAGCCAGCCUGGCGCGGAAGGGAGGGGAAAUAGGGAUCAACAUUGAGUGGAAGUGUAAUCUGGACCUAAGUAUUGAAUAUUGUACCCCCAAGUACUCUUUCACCAGACUGGAUGCACCUUUUGCCAAGAACGCCGUCUCCAAGGGCUUCAACUUCAGGUUUGCCAAAUAUUUCAAGACGCCAGACAAUACGGAAUUCCGGACCCUGCACAAGGCUUUUGCAAUCCGCUUUGACGUGAUGGUCACUGGCGUCGCGGGAAAGUUUGACACCAUCCCAACGUUGAUCAACUUGGUCACUGCCUUCACCUCCAUUGGUCUGGGUACGGUUCUCUGUGACCUCAUCCUGCUCAACUUCCUGAAAGGGGCAGAACAGUACAAGGCCAAGAAAUUUGAGGAGGUGUCGGAGGCCCAGAUAGAAGCGUCCCUGGCUCGGAGCCCCAGCAGCCAGCUGUCCAUCAAAGAAGGUAUGAAGAGCUCCUGCGACUCCGGCGCCAUUUCCCUGGCCACCGCUGACCAGCCCGUGUGAGCGGGACGCUCCCCCCCCCCCCCCCCCUGCUUUCCCCUCCGAGAAUCAGGCGCUUUUUGUUCAACCAAUUGUGUAGACGGACUGCAGUGCAGAGCAACUUCCUGGAAUAUUUAACGUAUACGUCAGCCCGCGGAGGUGAAGGUGAGCUCGGUCCAUGAAGAUGUUUCCUAAUGAGCCGUGUAACUUCCUGUCAUAUUACAGCUGUCUCGUGUUAGCUUAGCUUUAAUGAGCCACUAUGAGAAGACCAACACUUGGUACCAAAAGCAAACAAAUACGGCAUUGAUGUGUGGUUUCCAAAUGGAGCGUUAUUAGUCUUCUCCUGGUCAGUGAUGCGCUAAUGGACCGUUUCUCCUCCUUGGUUGGUUCCUCCAGUGCAGAAUAACCUUGGAUUUCUGUUUAUUUCUCACAUCCACAGUUUCAUUUGCGAUCAUAACGCGAUUAUCUUUGCUAAACACACACCGAGCGUGGAAAGCCUUUCACGAUGUGUCACCAUGAGAUCAGCAUAAGAGCCUCCUUAUGGCCCUGAUGGUGAUUUAGCACGGACGGGACGCUGAAGGCGGGCCUCGGGGGGGAAUAGGCAGCAGUUAGC